GCCCAUCAGUUGUACACAGCGAAACCAGCCAGCAGGCCAGAAGCAGCAGCUAAACAAAUUACCAAAGCAACUAAACAGCGGACAAACCCAAACUAAUCGCAUAUUAAACGUCAGCAGAAACGCCAUGAAACGGACCUACUUGUUGCUCUGCCUGAGCCUGCUGACCUGCAAUGUGGCAAAUUCCUCGUAUCUGCGUAAUCUGGAGGCACUGAAUCAGCUGAGCAAAUCCUCAUCCUCUGCCAGUCUACAGCAACAACAGCAGCAGCUGCUACGUGGAGAUCUGAAUGGGAACGUUGGUGGUAACAAUGAGGACGAUGAUGAUGAUGCCACGACAACUACACCCAACUCCAGCGAGGAUUAUGACACACGUCCGCAGUACAGUUUCGCCUACGAUGUGCGCGACACGUUGACCGGCGAUGAUAAGCGGCAGGAGGAGAAGCGAGAUGGAGAUCUGGUCAAGGGACAGUACUCGCUGAUCGAGCCCGAUGGCACGCGACGCAUUGUUGAGUACACGGCCGAUGAUGCCAGCGGCUUCAAUGCCAUUGUCUCGAAUCAGCGAGUGGAUGAGCAGCAGCAGCGAAUCAGCAGCUCGUCCUCCUCCUCGUCACGUUACAGCAGCAUCGAGGAGCUGCAGUCCCGUCUGACCGCCCAAGCGAUUGCCGAUGCCCAGAGUCUGGCAGAGGCCCAACAGGCCAGCCAACUGCAGCUGGAGGCACAGAGUCGCCGCGAGUCUGAGAGCCAGGCGCGUGUACAGGCACAGCAGUUGAUGGAGCAGUUCCAGCAGCAGGUACAGCAAACGGCACAACUCCGUCAGCAGCAGGAACAGCAGCGACUGCAGCAGGAGCAACAGCUGCGCGAUCUUCAGCGUCUGCAGGAGCAGCGAGAACGCGAGCAGCGAGAACAGGAGCAGCGAGAGCGAGAGCAACGGGAACGAGACUUGAGGGAGCGUGAGCUCAGGGAUCGCGAGCAGCGUGAACGUGAUCAGGAGCGUCGUCAGCAACAGGAGCGUCGUCAGAGCCAGCGACUACUCGAGCGUCUCAGCAGCGAUCAGCAGACGCUGCUCCUCACCCAGAGCCUGCCCAGUGCCAGCCAACUGCUCGGACAGAGUGUCCAGGCCACCGUCGUGUCGCAUCCACCCACACUGCUCUCCCGGCUGCCUUCCUCAUCGUCGUCCACAUCGUCCUCGUCCCGCACCACCUUGCUGACUCGUGAUCGCGAUUUGGAUGCCUGGCGACAGUUGCCCAGCGCACGCCUCACCAUCGAACGCACUUCGCAGCCUCAGCUGAUACUCGCCCAACCCGCCAGUGCCUCUGUGCAGGCGCAGUUGAUUAGUGGAUCGCCCCUGCUGCUGGACUCGAAUCUCAAUGGAUUGCUCACCACUCGCAUCAAUGGGCAUGGGUCUCGUACUGGUUUGAGCUGGUCCAAUGGUCGCCGCCUGCUGAACAAUGAUCUCUGGCAGCUGGACAGACUUGAUGAGGACAGUCGUCGGGAGGAUAAUCGUCGAGAGGAGAAUCGCCGAGAGGAGAACCGACGAGAGGAGAACCGACGGGAGGAGAACCGACGUGAGGAGAACCGACGUGAGGAGAGCCGCCGAGAGGACACUCGUCGGGAGGAUCUGCUGCUGCGUCGUGAAAGCGAGGAACUGCGCUCUGGCAGCGCCGAACGCCUCAGCAACAGCCGCAAUAAGGCCUGGUAAACCAAUCCAAAACCACAAUAAAACAACACUUCAAACUGAACUCAAAAUGCAGCCAACGGGCAACGACCAACGACCUCAACGAUCUUCAAACUUGGACAAUGAUUAUGUUUAGUACUUAAGUCUUAACACUGCCUUCGCUUAGCUCUACGUUGACUCUUGUGUUAUUUAUUAGUUUAAUUUCGUUUUUUGGGGAUUUCGGUGACGCUUUUUUCUGCUCCUCUCGCAUGAGUAUUCUGUUCACUCUACAGAAAUAAUCCCUCUAUGAGUACCCUCGUUUCCUGCUAACGCAUACAGCAAAAACUAUGCCAAGAACUUAACCCAGUCAGGCGCUAACGCUUCUUUCUGUCUAACUUUAGCGCUAAGCUUAAUUGUUUCUGUGUAACUUUAUAGUUAGUCAAACUGCAUUAAUGUGAAAAAAGCAACAACAAAAAAAAGAGAGAAGGAAGAAAUAAACAUCAGAAUAAACAAGG